AUGCGGAGGACCCCAGAGCAGGUGGGGAUCAGGGGCUGUACAUCCACCAUCACCCUGUGCAAUGUGAACAUUUCCUACCUGCAGGCGAGCAGUUUACAGGCGAAGAGGCACUCUCUGGUGGUGUCUUUGAAAGCAUUUUCUCCUGAUGCUGCUGUGGUUUCUCCUAGAAUCUCUUUGCAGACCAAUACCCAAGGAGGAAGUGAAGAAGAAAUGGCCCUUUCUCAGGGACAGCUGACCUUCAGAGAUGUGGCCAUAGAAUUCUCAGAGGAGGAGUGGGGACGCCUGACUCACACUCAACGGCAACUGUACCGGGAUAUGAUGUUGGAGAACUAUAGACACCUCCUCUUCCUCGGUCUCAUUGUGUCAAAGCCUGAUUUGGUCUCCUUUUUGGAGCAAAAGAAGGACCCUUGGGAUGUGACAAGAAAGAAGACAGUGGUCUUUGAUCCAGCUGUAUCUUCACAGGGCACCCUGAGCUUCCUGCCAGAGCCAUGCAAAGAAGCUUCAUUUCAAAAUGUGUCAGUGGGUCGAUAUAAACAUAGUGUCCUUGAGAAGUUACACUUAAUGAUAGACUGGGAUAAUGAUCGUAAAGGAUAUAUCCAAAUUGAGACUACUGCCCAGAAUAGUGAAAGAUACAAAAUACUUGGAUUGGAUUGA